AAAAAAAAAUCUUUUCUAUACUACUCUCCCUUCCAUCUUUUUUCCUAGUAUAACUUAUGCUAUAUUAUAACUAGCUUAUUAUUUUCAUCAUCUUCUUGGUCCCAAAAAAAUGAAAUCCAUAGAUCUUUUUUGUGCUUCUCCUGCUUCCACAGCCAUAUGUUCAAGUAUGGAUCAAUAUACUAUGGUUCGUCGUGGCAUUAGGCAUCAAAUUGAUCGUAAAAUCGAUCGAUUAGGCGAUCCUCGUACACCAAAAAUCAAAACUCCAAUCCCAUGUUCAUCUCAUCAACUUCCAUUCGAUCCCAAAACUUACUACCAUCAAAAUAAAAAUCGAAAGAGUCAUGAUGAAAAAUUACGUCGUAAAAGCUCAGCUGAUGUUACUGACUUAGGUAACUCUUCUAGGUACUUGUUAAGUGAUAGUACUAAUACUCCAUUUAUAGAUUUCUUAUCAUCAUCUGGAGAUACAUCAAAAGCUUUGAUUCCUAGCAAACCUUUAAGGGCUAAAAGCACAAAUGAACGACUCAUGUAUCGAUCUUCAUCGACUCGUUUACUCGAAUCUCCGGUCUAUAAACCUUCAUCGGCUUAUUCAACUGAUUUGUGUGUCUAUAAAUCAACUCGUUCAUGCCCUGGUGAACAGGUUGUGGAAUUGAGGGUGUCAAUCCAUUGCAAAGGUUGUGAAGGGAAAGUAAGAAAACAUAUCUCCAGAAUGGAAGGAGUAAAAUCAUUUAAUAUCGAUUUGGCUUCGAAAAAAGUUACAGUCAUCGGCGAUGUGACACCAUUAGGAGUAUUGACAAGUGUUUCUAAGGUGAAAAAUGCACAAUUUUGGCCAUUUCCAACAGCUUCUUCGUCCUCGUCUUCAUCCUCCUCCUCGUCCUGGUCUUCUCCGAUGAUCUAAAGAAAAUUGCUCUUAAAUUACUGAUGUAAUACUAUGAAUUAAUUUUGAAAUAUCUAUAAUGCAGAUGAUCGAGUGUGCUUUCUUUUUUCUUUUUGGUUUAAAUUAAUGACUAAAUAUUUCAAAAUUAGUCGUUAAUAUGGUGUAUUUCAUACAUUAUUAUAUGUGUGGUGGGGCUUGUAAAUAUUGUUUUGUUUUA